UUGACACUCCCCCGAAAUCAACAGCCGGAAACGUGCUCUUGCUUCUUCCUUUCUUCCUUCACAUCAAGAGAGAGAGAGAGAGAGUCCAUGGCCCUUCACGAAGAUCAGAUACAAGUUACAGAAGUGGAAAAGGCCAUGGAAACUGCAUCAACAUCCGAGAAGAAGACAAUCUCCACCAUCCUCAUCAUCAUCGCGAUGCAGACAGAGGCUCUUCCUGUCGUCAACAGGUUCCAUCUCUCUGAGGACCCCGAUGACGUGUUCCCCAAAGGAGUCCCAUGGGUCAGAUAUCAUGGUAUUUACAAAGACUUGCAUAUUAAUCUAAUCUGGCCAGGGAAAGACUCACUUCUAGGGGUUGAUAAUGUAGGCACAGUAUCAGCAUCUCUCGUGACCUAUGCUUCUGUCCUAGCGUUAAAGCCAGACCUUAUUAUAAAUGCAGGCACUGCUGGUGGCUUUAAGGCAAAAGGAGCAUGCAUUGGCGAUGCAUUUUUGGCGUCUGAUGUUGCUUUUCACGAUCGAAGAAUACCCAUCCCUGUUUUUGAUCUAUAUGGAAUUGGAGCUCGUAAGGUCUUCUGUCCGUCAAAUAUGUUGAAAGAACUUAAUCUGAAGGUUGGGAAGUUGUCUACCGGUGAUUCUUUGGAUAUGUCACCACAUGAUGAAGCGUCAAUUCUGGCAAAUGAUACUUCAAUUAAGGAUAUGGAGGGAGCUGCUGUGGCAUACGUGGCAGACCUCUUGUCAGUCCCAGCCAUCUUUAUAAAAGCUGUGACUGACGUUGUCGAUGGGGAUAAACCGACUGCAGAGGAAUUCUUACAGAACUUGGUCACAGUGACAGCUGCGCUCGAUCAUGCAAUCGUUCAAGUCGUGGAUUUCAUAAAUGGCAAGUGUCUAUCUGAACUUUGAGGAUGCAUUCAUUAUAUACUCUGUGUGACACCCAUUCCCAUUUGGACUGCCCGAUAUGAUUAUUCAGCAAAGACCAGAACUCAGAAAUGCCUACUUUUGCUAAUAUCAUCAAGUCCAAUGGGCUCCAUCUCUGUGGCAGUUCUUUGGUUGUGAUCUCUCAUUGUAACUCCAACCAGAUCUCUCUAAAAAACAAAAGGGAUACAUACAGUAACUACCAUUUUUCCUCUUCUAUUUUGUAACUCUUUUCAGCAAAUCCUUUUUUGUGUUGUUUGUGCA